AUGUCCUCCGAAAUAUUCUCUGCGAUCCCUUCCCCGUCGAAUCAGCCAGGCUCAAUGGAGCGAGUUGAGCUCUCGUCUUCGCCACUCGCUUCGUCUUCAGGAACCUCAUUGCCAACAACGCCAUCGCCCCGUCCUCGCGGGACGGCCACCGACUUUGUCAAGGCUGAUUGGACACUCUGGGGCCGUCAGGAGUGGGCGAAAUGGCCGGGAUUCGAGCGUUAUACUGGCGGUCAGGACACGAGGGCGUGGUGGCAGCAAUUUGGGUAUCGUGUUGAGGACCGUUCCACCUCGCGCCAGGGCAAUAAGCUGAAGUGGAUCUGUGCGGACUGCUUCGCCCGAGGCUUUAAGAAGAAGUCAGACUUCUGCUUCGUCUGCUCGACCGGCGCCGCCAUCAAGAAGCACCUUCGCCAAGCCCACGGGAUUCUGGCCCCAAACGAAGUUGCCCGCGGCAUGGGGGCUUCAUCUCUAGAUCACCAGAAAAUCACCCACUUCAUCGACGCCGACGUUAAUAACCCUCACGACCAGUUUCUUCUCGGCAAGUUGCGUGGAAGAUUCAGCAGCAAAGGGCUUCGGAUUCUCCUCCUCGACUGGAUUACCUACCAUAAUUUGCCGUUCGAUAUCGUCAAUACGGAGCGGUUCCAGCGAAUCCUUCUCUACGGCAAUCCGCUCCUUGAUGCGGCCCAUAUUCCCUCUGCGAAGACCCUUCUUCGCAUGCUCGAAUCUGAGUAUACGGGCGCCGUGGGGCCGGUGACCGAAGUGUUGCGUAGCGCUCGGUCCCAAAUCCAUUUCUCCUUCGAUGGUUGGACAUCCAAGUCGUAUACUUCAUUCCUCGGGAUCAACGCUCAAUUCAUCGAUCAUAACUUCGUUCAACACCGGAUUCUCCUCGGGCUUCGACCUCUCUCGGGCAGACACGACGGCGCAUCGCUUGCCGAUGAGGUCGCUGAUACGCUCGCAUUCUGGCAGAUCAACGACCCUGACAAGCUUGGGUACUUCACACUCGACAAUGCUGCCAACAACGACACCUGCAUGGAAGAUCUUGCCUUCGAACACGACUUCUCUCCCGAAGAGCGACGGAUUCGCUGUGCCGCGCAUAUCUUCAACCUCUGCGUGCGGGCUUUGCUCUACGGGUCGAAGCGAGAGAAUUUUGCUGCAAUUGUCGCAGCGGAUGGUGACGACAAGGAUGUGGAUGAGCAGCAGAUUGACCACGCUAUCGACGAGGCCCUGGAUGGAGAGAUAGACAACGAGGACGAGGAGAUGCAAGCCGAUGCUGUCGUACACCCAGAUGAAGAUUUUCAUGUCGUCCCACCCGGCUCCAGAGGAGAUAAACGCGACUAG